UACAUACACAAAGAAAGGAAGAACAAGGGAAAAAAAAAACCCCAAACCCUAGUUCUACUCUAGUUUAGCUCCCUUUCUCUGCUGCAAGUUUCGCCUUUCAUGACUGCCGAGCUUCUUCUGCUCAUCACCGACUGCCCACCACAUUCUUCAGCUUGUCUUCAAAGUCCACAGGUUUGUAGUGAUCGGAAAGAUGUUUGACGAAAAAGGAUGUUUUAAACCUCGCCAAGUUCUUCUCUCCCACCGCACUAUGAAGCAAAGAAACAACGACAACCAAAUUCCCAAUUCUGCUGAUGAAGCCACAUCCUUACACCCCCACCAGAGGACUCUUCUUCUUCACGCUGUAGCCUUCUUUUUGGAGCGCAAUAGCUUCUCCAAAACCCUCAAAAAGUUUCGUUCUGAAGCGCAGAUUCAGAAGGAUUCUUCAAAGGAUUUAUUGCUUAGUCUCGAAGAAAUGUGCCACAAGCAUUUAAAGAAAUGUAGUCAAACCAUCACAACCCAAAAUAAGCCAGUAGAUGAAGAAACAGUGAAAGAGGUUGCUGAUGAUAGGGUUCCUGAAGCACAAGACGAAUCUACAAAAAAGUCCAAGGAUAAAAAGAAAAUAAAAAAGAAUGCAGUUCCUGAAACAGAUGCUGAUGCUGCAGAAAAAGAGAAAUCAGAACCUAUCCAUGUGGAGAGUUUGAAAAAUAACAACGGCUCUACUGUCCACGAGGAGGCAGGAAAGAAAUCUAAGGAUAAAAAGAAAAAGAAGAACAAAGAGAAGUUAGAGACUGUUGCUACAAUUUCUGUUAAUGCAGCUGUAGAUUCUAUUGGUUUGAAUGGUGAUGUCGCCACUCUUGAAGAAAAGGUUGUCAAAUCCAAAACUAGGAAGAAAAAGGAUGGUCGACCAAGCGAUGAAAAUUCAAACCAGCUAAAUGAUGGUACCGACAUGUUAAACGAAGAGGAACAGAACGACAAUACUAAGAAAAGGAAAAGGUUGGCUCCUGAAGAUAAUGGCGAUCAUACUGUUGAUGAUAAAGAAACUGAAGAUGUCAAACGUAGAAAAUUAGAAGGUGGAUGCAAUGAUGGUGUGCAGUCUACAAAGGUCGAUGUAGAUGCUGGAAGUAGGAGCACUAUCAACGAGCUUUCUCAGCAGACAAAUGAGUAUGUUGAAAAAACUGCAGAGAAAACUUCCACAAAGAAAGCUUUGAAGAAACGCUCAAAUGGUUCAACUGAGCCAAAGACCAUCAAUGCAUUUCAAAGGGUAAAACUCGAUGCUGUGACAUUUGCUGAUGAGAAACUUGCAGAUAAUUCUUACUGGGCCAAGGGUGGAGCCGAGACUGGGUAUGGUGCAAAAGCUCAGGAAGUUCUUGGGCAGGUUAAAGGAAGGGAUUUUCGGCAUGAAAAGACCAAGAAGAAGCGCGGGUCAUACCGAGGCGGAGUGAUUGAUCUACAGUCUCACUCAGUAAAGUUCAAUUAUUCUGAUGAUGAUUAACCAUAUGAAUGAAGUUUGUAACGAAAAACAACAAACGAAAAGAACGAAGUUGAAAAUAGGAGAGAAAAUUUUGCACGGAGGAUCAAAUAUUUCAAUUGAGUUUUAUGUUCAUUGAGGUGGAAACAAUUUAUAAACAAAUAAUAAAACUAACCAUUACUGUAUUAAUCUUAGAAA